AUGCGUGAAAGUCAAAAUCGAUCUCGAAUGUAUGCCAUUGAUUCAUAUCUUAAAGGAAGAGAAAAAUUAAUUGAAAUGGAACCUAACAAACAAAUUGUUCAACCUGGAAGACUCUAUUUACAAGAAAUUCCUCUUUAUGGAGUGUAUAGUAAGAAAUUUAAUGUGAAUAUUACUCAUGCAGUAUUAAUCCUAUUUAAUAACAUGUUUAUCUUUUGUAAGAAUUUGGAACCAGAAAAAUCGACCACACUUGAAGAAGUUGAUGGACGUACGAUUUAUAAUUAUGAAAUUUUUGAAUUUGUUUUUGAACCAGUCAUGUGUGACGCUCGAUUGGUCGAAAAACAAGGAGAUUUAUAUCCAUUCCCUUGGAUAAUUGACAUUCCAUCGGAAGAAGAAAAUCGAAUUGAGGAUUUGAGUGAAUCAAGUGCAACCAAUACUCCAACUGCCAUCUCAACAACGACAACACUAAUCCCGUCAACACCAACCCUGACAACCUCAAACAAUCAACAGAGAUCAUCAUCCAUUGUAACAUCAUCUUCUCAGGAUUCAAAUGUAGAGAAAAAAACCAAACACAACAUGAAUGAUUUAUACAUUUUUAAAAAACCUCUCUUUCAAUUGGUUUCACAACAUGAUGUCUAUACUUUACAAUUUAACUCAGUCACAGAGAAAUUAGAUACUUUGAGAACAAUCUAUGACAUUAUUGAUGAACAAUUCAAAGAUUGUAAAUCUAAAGAAAAAGAUCAAAAGAGAUGUCUUUUCUUGAGUUAUGAAAAGGAAAGAAUUCAACUCUAUUCAGAAAAGAAAGUAUCAUUACCAAAAGAAUUAAACAACGGUGGAGACACUGCUAAUCAAUUAAUCUCAACAUGGAACUAUCUCACACAGAAAGACUUUCCAAAAAUUAAAUCUAAAAAGAAAAUAGAGGAAUUAUUGGCCAUUGUGAAUGAAAAAGUGAUUGAAGAAUACAAACAAAAAUUGAAUUAUAUUCCAACAGUUGAAGAACAAGCAUUGGGUGCAUAUUAUGCCAUUGCUGAUUGUGUGGAUACAGACAAAUCUCUCUUUCAAUUGGAUUUUCACAUUGGAGAUAUUUUUAUACUUUGGCAAAAAGUGAAAAAUGGAAAGAAGUGGUUUUUGGUGCAAAAAACAGGUUUAAAUUUCAGUCCUAUGCGUAAAAUUCAACUCCUUGAUGAACUCUUACCCAAUAACUUGAAAGAUAUGAAAUCAGUGAUGAGAAAACAACAAUUGGCCAAAAAAAAGAAACCAAAAACACCCAAACAAAUCAUUUCCAUCUCCGAUCACUACUGUAAAAUAGAAAAAGAAUUAGAAGCAGACAAAAUGUUAGAAGAAAUUGCUCUCGAAUUGAACUUUUUGUCUCUUCUCAAUUCGGAUACGAACUUGUUUGAGACGAGUGGAAAGAAAACAUCCGAGAAGGAUCGUGCAGAAUUCAAAAACCAAAUUCGAAAGUCAGUGAGCCCAGCACUCAUUGGAGCGAACAAGGAUGAAUACAAACAACACGCAGAUACUCUCUUUUACAAGCAUAUCUUCAAUGUGAGUUCUGAAAAAGGCCAAGUAGGUCUAGUACCAACAAAAGCACUUGCAGAGUUGCCCUAUCAGACGUUUAAAACUUUAUUGACGCUCAUGGAGAAGAGAGAUUCCAUUGAGAACAAAAAAGUGAGAAACUUUUCUGUCCUUAAGAAGGCGCCUUCCAACUCAUCUUCUACGGAGAGGUUGGGAGCCUCAAGCAAUGGCAGUAAUAGUAAUAAUAGUAACAACACGACUGCCACAUCACCACCCACUCCUCAAGAUCAACCUAGCAAUAGUACUUCCAAUGGAGGAAACUCGGAACCAACGCAAGAGAAAAAGAGCAAAUUGUUUGGUCUAUUCAAAAAGUAA